UGCGGCGAAGGGGCUGAACCGGAAGUUCCGGGUCGAGUUCCGGGUGCCAGCGAGUCCCCCGCGGUGCUGAAGGGAGCCAGGGAACAUGGGUUCUCCGGGUCCUGCUCUUUGCCUCUUCGACGUGGAUGGGACCCUGACGGCUCCGCGGCAGAAAAUUACCAAAGAAAUGGAUGGCUUCCUACAAAAGUUGAGGCAGAAGAUCAAAAUCGGAGUGGUAGGUGGCUCAGACUUUGAGAAAGUGCAGGAGCAGCUGGGAACUGAUGUGGUUGAAAAAUAUGAUUACGUGUUUCCAGAAAAUGGCUUGGUGGCGUACAAAGAUGGGCAGUUCUUGUGCAAACAGAAUAUACAAGGUCACCUGGGUGAGGCUCUGGUACAGGACUUAAUCAACUACUGUCUGAGCUACAUUGCAAAAAUUAAGCUUCCGAAGAAGCGGGGUACCUUCAUUGAGUUCCGGAACGGCAUGCUCAACGUGUCCCCCGUGGGAAGGAGCUGCAGCCAGGAGGAACGCCUCGAGUUCUAUGAACUCGACAAAAAAGAAAACAUAAGGCAAAAAUUUGUAGCAGAUCUGCGGAAAGAAUUUGCAGGAAAAGGCCUCACGUUUUCCAUAGGGGGCCAGAUCAGUUUUGAUGUCUUUCCUGAUGGAUGGGACAAGAGGUACUGCCUGAGACAUGUGGAAAAUGAUGGUUACAAGACCAUUUAUUUCUUCGGAGACAAAACCAUGCCCGGGGGCAAUGACCAUGAGAUCUUCACAGACCCGAGAACUGUGGGCUACACCGUGACAGCACCUGAGGACACACGCCGGAUCUGCGAGGAGCUCUUCUAACAUGGAGGGGAGGGGGGCUCCCAGCCUGCGGGUCACUCACUGCUGGCCACACCCACCUUUAGCCUGGCUGUCCAGUCAGUCAUGCACACAGGGGACGACUGGGCCUCCACCUCCAAGGGCAAAGAGCUCUCAUUGGAGUGGCUGCAGGAACUAUCCCCACAGCAGGC